CGGUGGCCCGAAGCUGAUAAAUAAGGGCCCAGCCCGAGGCUUCGGGCCAAGUUGGACGUCGCGACCCGAGCAAGGGCCAGGUCAGCGCCGGCCCCACGAGGCGUAGCCAAGUGACCCGCGUUCGGCCAUGGCCUCGCUCCUGGGAGCCUACCCGUGGACCGAAGGGCUGGAGUGUUCUGCCCUGGAAACCGAGCUGUCGGAUGGGCUGUCGCCGCCCGCCGUCCCCCGACCUCCUGGGGACAAGAGUUCUGAGAGCAGGAUCCGGCGGCCCAUGAAUGCCUUCAUGGUGUGGGCCAAGGACGAGAGGAAACGCCUGGCGGUGCAGAACCCAGACCUGCACAACGCGGAGCUCAGCAAGAUGCUGGGAAAGUCAUGGAAGGCGCUGACUCUGUCGCAGAAGAGGCCCUAUGUGGAUGAGGCCGAGCGGCUGCGCCUACAGCACAUGCAGGAUUACCCCAACUACAAGUACCGGCCCCGCAGAAAGAAGCAGGGCAAGCGUCUCUGCAAGCGCGUGGACCCCGGCUUCCUCUUGAGCUCCCUCUCUCGUGACCAGAACACGCUGCCUGAGAAAAACGGCAUUGGCAGGGGUGCACUAGGGGAGAAGGAGGACAGGGGUGAGUACUCCCCAGGUGCUACUCUGCCCGGACUACACAGCUGUUACCAUGAAGGUACAGCUGGUGCCCCUGGCAGUGUGGACACAUACCCCUAUGGGCUGCCCACACCCCCAGAGAUGUCGCCCCUGGACGCGCUGGAGCCUGAGCAGACCUUCUUCUCAUCCUCGUGUCACGAGGAGCAUGGUCACCCCCACCACCUCCCCCACCUACCAGGACCCCCUUACUCACCAGAGUUCACGCCUAGUCCCCUCCACGGCAGCCACCCUCUAGGCUCUUUGGCCCUUGGCCAAUCCCCAGGGGUUUCUAUGAUGUCCACUGUUCCGGGCUGUCCCCCAUCUCCAGCCUACUACUCCCCUGCCACCUACCACCCUCUUCACCCCAGCCUUCAGGCCCACCUGGGCCAGCUCUCCCCACCUCCCGAGCAUCCUGGCUUUGACACGCUGGAUCAACUAAGCCAGGUGGAACUUCUGGGGGACAUGGAUCGCAAUGAAUUUGAUCAGUAUUUGAACACUCCUGGCCACCCUGACUCUGCUGCAGGGGCUGGGACCCUCAGUGGGCAUGCCCCACUCUCCCAGGGGACUGCAACAGGCCCCACAGAGACCAGCCUCAUCUCUGUCCUGGCUGAUGCCACAGCCACAUACUACAACAGCUACAGUGUGUCAUAGAGCCAGAAGCGUGGCGCCUGGCCCAGCCCUGCUGUCCUCUCCUCCCUCGGAAGCACUGAGCAAAAUAGAACCUGUAAUGCUACCAUCCCUCGGUGGCAGGAGGUCAGAGCUGCUGUCCCAGAGCCUUCAGGGAUUCAGGAUCCAGCGCCCCCUCUCUCCCUUCAAAUGUGUUUCACUGGCUUCACCCUGGAAGCACAACCUUGAGGAGCUGGAUGCGGGUAGGACUUCCCGGCCACUCUUCCGUCUCCCCAUCCGCGUGGCUGAUGGUGGGAAGCCCCAUUGCAUUGGAACUCCUGCUUUUGAGGUAGCCACGUCUGAUCUAUGGUGCUCCCAGUGAGAAGGACCCUGAAUCCGGGGUCCUUCUCAGUUCAGUCUCUAACUGGCAAAACCCCAUUCUGGCUUGACGAGCCUUAACUGUUUGUCUCCUGUAAAGUAGGGACUGGCUUGUUAGCCAAGCCUCUCUGCUCUAUGGGUUCCUGAGUUACAGCCCUCUCAAAGCCAAGGAAAGUGUGACCCCCGGAAUGGGCAGCCUCACGGGGACUUUAUGUGUACUGUCCAAGUCUCCAGGUUUUCUGCUUCUCUGGUCUCUGGUCUACAGCCGCCCUAGAGUUUCAAAGGAACUCCUCCAACUGAGAAAAAUGUUCUCAAUUGGCAAGGUGGCCCCGGAUGGCUCAGUAGGUAAAAGUACCUGCUGCAAGCCUGACACCCUGCGUUCUAUCCCUGGAGCCUCCAUGGAAGGAGAGAACUGACUCCUGAAGCUGUGUUCUGACCUCCACGUGCAUGCCAUAACACAUGCCUCUCCGAAUUAUAUAUGUGCUUGAGCAUGCUCACAUGCACACACACACAUAUAUUAAACAUAAUUUUUUUAAGGAAACAUGUACCCUGGUUUGGGAAAUUAAUGAAUAUGUUCAGCUGUAUCAGUGAAAACAAAAUUGAAUUCAAAGUUUUUUUUGUGUGUGUGUGUGGUUGUUGUUGUUUUGUUUUUUCUCUUCUGAGACUGGGUUCAUCUGUGUAGCCCUGGCUGUCUUGGAAUUCACUUUGUAGACCAGACUAGCCUCGAACUCAAAGCCUGCUUCUGCCACCUAAGUGCUGGGAUUAAAGGCGAGUGCCACCACACCCAGACUUGAAGUUUUUUGUUGUUGUUUCUUUGUUUGCUUUUUUCUUUUUUGGUUUUUAAUAUAUACUUUAGCUACAUUAUUUUUUGUUACUUACACUCCAGAAGACUGCAGAGUGAGAUGCCGUUAUGCAGGCCCAUCCCUCUUCCCAGGGUUUGUAGCCUGAUUUAGAUUAUUCCCACCUGUAGCAGUGUCUCACUGCUUCCCUACUGAAUGACCCAAAGAGCUAGGAACCUAAAAACACUGUCCACAAAGCAGCAGCAUCCGGGUGUACUGAUUUCUCCAGCACAGCUGCAGCAUGGCCCUAUCUAGAGAUGCAAAGGAGGCCUCCCUUCCGGCUGUCUGCUGCUCCUCACCCUUUCCUGGAGGGUUUCCUUCUCCUCUCUGCUCUCCCCUCCACUCCAAACUGGCCCCUAAUUCAAAGGGCUCCUGACUUGAAACCCCAGGCAUGAGUCCUCUGGUCAUGAGAGGAAUGUGCUUCUUGUUCUUCAAGUGGAUAUAUCAGAACAGUUCCCUGUCCCACCAUCCUUUGGCUGUCCCAAAUGAACACACCGUGACACCCAAAGAUGUUUCUGAGCUCUGAUCCCACCCCAGACAUUUCCAUCCCCUAAGCCUCCUUUGAAGGAACAUACCUAACACUGAGCUAGCAGACUCUUGUCUGUCCUUGAACACGUGUGUAUUAUUACCUUUAUGAAAUGUGUUUGUAUAUUCUGCUGUUAUCGCCGUCUUACAUUUUGUAUUGUUGACAGAUUCCCCCUCCCAGAAGUCUUAUUAUAAAAUCACUUAUAAGAUAUACUUAGUCUUUAUGUUAUUACUGUAUAUACCAUUUGGUGAUAAAUAGUGAACGGUUGAUGAUAUGAUUGACUGGUGCCCAGUCACGAUGUGUAUUAAUAAUCUCAUAAGACAGUAUCACAGACAUUAAGCUACUCUGUUCUAUUUUUUAAAAAGACUACAUAUGCAUGGAACAGUUAUGAAUAUUGAUUUGUUGAAAAUGUUUAAUUUAAAUAAAUGUUUUUGUACCUUGA